AUGGUAAAAGAACUAUCUAAGCAUUUGAAAAAGAUGAGAACUAAUCUGAUGAAUGGUGAUCACCUCCAUGUGAGGUAUAUGGCGCACAUUGUGAAUCUUGUUGUCCAGGAUGAUUUGAAAGAAAGUUCUAUGUCUAUUGAACGUGCUAGACAUGCAGUGAGAUAUGUUAGGCAAUCUCCUGCGAGGUUGAAAAGGUUUCAAGAAAGUUGUGGUGAUAAACAACUCAGUUGCGAGAAAUCUUUAUGCUUAGACAUUUCAACUAGAUGGAACUUCACCUACCUAAUGUUGAUUAGGGUUGUUGAAUUUGAGAAUGCAUUUACAAAUUAUGAUUCUAGUGAAAUUGGCUCGAGACAUUAUCUUAGGAAUUCUUAUAUUGAAGUUGAAGUUCCUGCUGGUGAACUUUUGAGUAGUGAUUGGGUGCACGUGAAAAGGACUACAAAAUAUCUUGAAAUUUCUUAUCUUCUCACUUUGAAAAUAUCUGUAUCACUUAAUAUUACACCUAAUAUUUAUUUUCUUGAAAUUUGUGCGGUUUAUGUUUAUUUGAAUCAAUUGAUUGCAAGUGAAAAUACUGAUUUAAGUAAUGUAGCGAAGAAAAUGAAAGAAAAAUUUGAUAAGUACUGGGGUGAUCCAACAAAAAUGAAUGAGAUAAUUUUUAUUUUAUGUGUUCUAGAUCCUCGUUACAAGCUUGAUUCAGUGGGUUAUGUACUUGUAAAGAUGUUUGAAAAAAAUCAAGGUCUAUCUUUAAAAGCAACAGUAAAGGAAUACAUGAUUUUAUUAUUUAAUGAAUAUGUAAAAUCUAGUUCAAAAGGGCUUGGGGUUCCUGUAUCUUCACCUUGCUCUUUACUGCAGACUUCUACUUCAGUGAUUUUUGGCAGUCAACUAAGUACCCAAGGUACAGGACCCUUAGAUUCACUCAUGCAAGAUCUAAAGAAGUAUAAAGCUGUGAAUGGAGGUGUUGAUGCUAGAACAGAGUUAGAUAAAUAUUUGGGAUAA